AUGCCUGAGGAAAGUACUGGAUGGUCUACAAGUUUGCAACGAAUGCCAUUAUUCACAAGGGCAGAGAUGGAUUUACAUAUUUCUAAAUCUGGAAAAAACUUUGACAGAAAUAAACAGAACCAUGCUGUUCCAACAAGCAUGAAAAAGGCAAAAACAUUUCUUGAUGAUGAAUACCUGAAAGACUUAACUUGCGCAAGUGAUGACCAAUAUUUCUAUUUCAAAUGCUUGUGUUACCAUAGCUUUAAAAAAAAUGAGCCACCCCACAAAUUACAAGUUGCACUUUGUUUAGUGAGUGGAGUUGUUAAAUAUGCUUCGUGAACAUGUGUAGCAGGAUCUGUUGGUUUUUGCAAUCAUGUGCUUGCUGUUAUGAUGAAACUCUGUAAGUUCAGCUUGUAUUGUUGUCAAGAUAUUAAGGACUUGGAAAAUGAAUCUGAUAUGACACAAGCUAAGGCAUGCACUUCAAGUUUACAACUAUGGCACAGGCCUGUAAGAGGAGAUAAAAUCAAGCCCCAACCUGUCAUGGAACUUGAGGUAAAAAAGUCGAAUAUAGACACAGAGUAUAACCCUGAUAGUGGAGUAAGGUGCUUGUUGUAUGACGCUAGGAAAAAUUUGGGUACACAAGCAUCUGAUGAAGCUUUGUUAAAAAACAAGCUUCAAGAGAUCAACCCUAAGUUUGCUCUGUCUCAAAUUAUGUCUACUGGUGGUACCAACUUACAGGAAACAAAAUUUGGAAAAUGUCCAAGUGGCUCAUAUGCAAGUUACCAGUUACAGUUCACAGAGUCUAAUUUUCAAGUUUUCUGUAAUAUUGACUCAGUGCCUAGAGUGGACUGUAAUGAUGAACAAAAUGCUAUUUCCGUAUAUCCUCCAUUCCCUUUGCAACAAUCUGAGCAGUAUGAAAAGCCAGAUGAUUUAAGCAGCAACCAGGAAGCACUCCUGGAUCAUUUGAUUGUUGAUGAGGCAAAGCUUAAUACCAUAGAGAAGAAAACAAGUGAACAAGCAGCCUCACAGGAAUGGCAGGCUGAAAGGAAAUUUCGGUAUACAGCAUCUAAUUUCCACACAAUUGUAAAAAGGGAAAGGAAUCAUAACACUCUAGUAAAUAAUCUGCUUCAUCCCAAACCAUUCACUGCCAAACAAACUGCACAUGGGAAAACCUAUGAGCCUGUAGUCUGCAAAGAACAAGGAAGA